GACUGUGUAAAUCGGAAAUAGAAAGCCUCUAGACUAGCUAUUGUAAGCGGUUAGACGUCCCGCCAACUAGGUAGGUUUGCAGGGAAUAGGAUGUCAAAGUUGAAAGCAACACAGUUUACAAAGGGAAGGAACAAGUUUAGAAUGCAGAAUCCGUAUAACAUAGACGCUUUCAAGCGACAGGACGAAAUUGAGUCUGACUUGAUUUCACCGAAUACCAAUUUACCGCCAGUUGGUUCGUACGUCACAACUUGCAACCAGGAAAAAGUUUCUCAUAAUAAAGAAAUAGAAAAAUUUGACAGUGAUGAACAAACAUUCGAAAUGAAGACUCAUGAGACUAAAUUCUUUUCCGCAAUAAGAGAUCUAUGGAAACAAGGAAAAAUGUGCGAUGUCAUGCUCUCAGUUGACAAAACGAUUUUCCGAGCACAUAAGAUUGCACUUGCUGCAUGUAGUGAGCACUUCCGUGAUCUUUUUGUCAGUCGCGAAAAAGCUUCAACGGUGAUGGACACUUCUCGAAUACCCCUCCUUGGUAUCAAAAGUGAAAUUGUGAAAAAGAUUAUCGACGCUGUUUAUACGGCAAAAAUAAUUUUGAAUUCGGCUACAGUUGGAGAUGUCCUAUCAGCAGCUGCUUAUCUUAGAAUGCCGUCGAUAGUCGAUGCCUGUCAAUCGUAUCUUUCACAACAUCUCAGUGUUGAUAAUUGCAUCAAAACAAUUCAAGUAGCUCACAUGUAUAAUUUGGAGGCACUGAAAGAACGUUCAUAUCAAAUCGCCUGCUUGAACUUCAAAACGGUAUGCAAUCAUGCCGAUUUUAUGAAGUUACGAUAUUAUGAGUUGCUUGAAAUGUUGCCAAGACAAGACCUUGCUUUGGAUUCAGAAAUCCAGAUUUUUAACGCAAUCAUACGAUGGACCGAUUACGAAAGGUCAACCAGACUACCUUACUUUGCUCGGCUUAUGAGGCAUGUAAGAUUUCCGCUGAUGACAGAAAGUCAAUUAGUGGAUCAGGUAGAAGGAUCAAGUUACGUUAACGAAAACGCCGAAGUUGGAGAACUUGUAAGAGAAGCUGUUCGUUAUCAUCUUUUGCCUUAUAGGAGAAGUAUAUUACAAACCCCACGGACUAAACCAAGAACUACUUUUUCGGUAGAAGGCAUCGUGGCCAGUGGUGGAUUGCCCAACCGAGAAGAGGGACCAUCUACAACACGCGUGUAUUAUUUAGUUCCAGAUGAAAAUAUUUGGCGCCCAUUGACGAUUAUGCCAGAAGCUCGACAUCACCACGCAGCUGCAGUACUUGGCGGAUUUCUUUACAUCGCAGGAGGAGACACGGGGCAAGGUUUAACAAACUCAUCCAAUAAGGUUUGGAGAUACGACCCGUGGACCGAAGAGUGGUUGCAAAUAGCUAGCAUGAUAAAAGCACGUCAAAGCUUUCAAUUAGGAGUUCUUGAUUCUCGAUUGUAUGCAGUUGGUGGACGAGCACACAAAGAUGAAACUUUGUCUCAUGUAGAAAGAUAUAACCCAUCGACUAAUAAGUGGUGCGAAAUAGAAUCAAUCAGCAGCCCCCGAAGAUAUGUAUCAAUAGCGACCCUCAGUGGACGACUGUACGCGGUCGGAGGAUCAGGGAGUGAUUUGAUAUCGCGAAGAGUAGAAAGAUUCAAUCCAGUUUCGUCUCAGUGGGAACGUCGCCAUCCAACUUGCAAACCUCGUUUCUCUGGCUCCCUUUACGUCAGCAAGAAUCGACUGUGGCUUCUUGGCGGCGCUACAGUGCUCGAGAAGGAUUCUGCGAAAGGUGUUAUCGGAGCCUCAGAGAUAGAAGUCUAUUCACCGGCGAUGGAUCAGUGGACUAUAGUUGGGAACUUCCCCCAACAACUUCGAAAAACUGAGUUGAUCGAUUUUGGUCAGGAAACGGAAUUUAUUGACGACCAGAACAAAUUUCAUGUCCAAUUGUCGCGUACUGAAGCUGGAUCCUGCAUUUUAAACGAACAAGCGUAUUUAAUAGCUGGAUAUAGCUGGAAAGAUAAAGAUCGAAUGAACGACGUUGAGCGUGUCGAUUUAACCACAUUGCCUAUUGGAAAUUCAAAAUAUCCAAGCACUGCUCAGCUAUAUAAGGAAACAUAUAUAAAUAAACGUGAGGUUUCAGUCAAUAUCAACUGCCAGAAUAUUUCGGUCGAAUCACAAAAAAAUCGUCCAACGAAGUAUCCGUUGCGAUGCACAGGAGUUGCAUGCGCAGCUCUGACACUCUACAAGACACCAAAUUUUAGGGCUAAAAGCAGUGAUUUUACGUCAACACCUCUCCCUAUUCUAUGUUCGGAAAUAACUGAAAACCUUGAAAAAGAACAAAAACCAAAACGAAAUCCAAUAUUUGCCUUCGGCGAAGUUCCUAAAACUGCAGAUGGUCGCCUUCAUUACACAGAAAAUGCGACGCGAAUCUCGAACCAUAAUUCCAUGGAUAUCAAAGCAACGAGGAUAUCAAGUUUAGAAAGAGGGAUAGAAACUUUGAGUAGCACAACAUUUCCACCGAACAGGUCGCCGUCUUCACGACGUUAUAAUCCCUCUGUACGAUUUGAAAAUUAUUCAGAAUUAAAUAGUUCUCGUCCGUUAGGAUUAUUCCCGGAAGAUAUUACGGCGGAAAAGCCAUAUGCUGAAGCAGAAGACGAAGUAGACGUAGCUCUGGACAAAGUCGUUAGUCUUACGCUAGAAAAUUGGGACGACUUAUCCGGAAGACAAUCUAGUUCGCCGAUGGAAUCACGAACUACAUCAGUAGCCUCAAACAAAGAAUCCAAGCCGAACGUUUUCAUGACAGAGUAAUUUUUUCCACAAAAAGUUAUCGGCUCAUGAAAUUUUUAUUAUCCAUUCAAAGACAAAAUUGAAUCGCCAUUUUCCAACACAACUUAAGAGUAUUAAACUAGAAAAAAAGAAAUUUGCG